AAUAAAACAAUCGUAACGUUGCGCUGUCGCAAAUUUGAUCUGUAUUCUAUUUUGUUUUGUUUUUUUUACAAAACAUCCGCGACUAGCUUGUAGCCUGUAGCCCGCUAGCAUCACCUACCGCUAGCCUUGUUUACGUUUCACAUUUCUCACUUACCGCUGUUCUGUUUUUUAAAAAAACAAACAAACAAAUAUGUCUGCUGUCUCUCCGGUUUUGAGUGCAGAUGAGGACUCGCUUGAGCUUCACAUGGUGCGGCUGGAACUGGAGGAUGUGGAGAAGCAGAUCCGCGGCCUACUCGACAAGCAGGCCCAGCUGCUGGAGCGACAAACUGCGCUGGAAACAUCUUGUGCCUCUGCUCACAUAUCCAAGGUAAGCACACAGCGUGGUAUUUCCACUCCCAGCCCCUCUACGCCGUGUGUUUCUCUGUGCAGGGACCGUGCACCUAGGACUUACCCAGCCGUGGUCUCCGUAACGCCAGCGCCAACACACCUCGGGCCUUGGGUAAACCAGCGGCGAAAGGCGCGGGCUGGACCUUCUCCACCUCCAGUGUUCGAGAUUCCAACCAGGAACCGCUUCGCCCCUCUCCGCCAGACCAGACCCAACACUGUGAUCGUCGGGGACUCCAUUGUGCGGAACGUCCGUGUAGCCUCAUCUAAAGGUAAGGUGCGCACACACUGUUUUUCUGGUGCUUGUGUCCUUGAUGUCGCUGCGCAGGUAUCCGGGAUCCUGAAGAAAGACGAGCGCAUUGGAGCGGUUGUGCUGCACGCGGGGACGAACGACACCAGGCUGCGGCAGACGGAGGUGCUGAAGAGGGACUUCUCCAGCCUGAUCGAGACGGUACGAGGCAGAUCACCUACCGCGAAGAUCAUCGUCUCUGGACCUCUUCCCACAUACAGACGUGGAGCAGAAAAGUUGUUUCGUCCUGAUGGCCUGCACCCCAGCAGCCUUGGAGCGGAACUGCUUUCAGACAACAUUUCCAAGGCGCUACACUCCAAGUGACUGCCUAUCGUAAGUACAUCUUCCAAUAAUAACAUUCAGUAUAAUCAAUGUUCAACUAAAAAUUCGGAAAAGGUAAUACAUACUAUAGAGACUGUGUCUGUUCCCCGAGCUAUUCAAAUAUAUAGAAAAUCUCGGAAAGUCGAUCUUCGUAACCUAAUUAACAUAAAAUUAAAUCAUAUUGAAUGCACAGCCAGCACUUUUGAUCUGAGGCUAGGACUAUUAAACAUUAGAUCUCUUGCGUCUAAGGCUCUUAUUGUUAACGACAUCAUUACUGAUCAGGAAUGUAAUUUAAUGUGUUUAACGGAAACUUGGAUUAAACCAAAUGAGUACAUAGCAUUAAAUGAAGCCAGUCCUCCUGGAUACAGUUAUGUACAUCAGCCUCGUUCAGCUGGUAGAGGAGGAGGUGUUGGACUCAUCCAUAGUCAAAAUCUAGUCGUCACACAAAAACCUAAGCAUAAAUUUAAUUCUUUUGAAAUUCUUUAUACCAGUAUAAGUUAUGUAGCCACAAAAAAUAAGUCAAUUCCUCUAAUUAUUAUUUACAGACCCCCAGGGCCAUAUACUGAAUUUCUUAGUGAAUUUGCAGACUUUGUCUCAAACCUGGUUGUGUCUGUAGAUAAAGCAUUAAUCGUCGGAGACUUUAAUAUUCAUUUUGAUAACCUGAAAGACCCUCUAAGAAUAGCGGUUGUGUCCAUCUUAGAUUCAGUAGGGAUUAAUCAGAAUGUAAUCGGGCCUACUCAUAAUGGUGGUCACACUCUUGACCUCAUACUAACAUACGGACUAAGUAUAGAAAAUAUCAUUUUUCCGCAGUCUGAAGUUGUCUCAGACCAUUAUCUUAUCUCGUUCAUAAUACGUAUUGAUCAUAAUAUUUCCACCUCGUCUCGCUACCGUGUAAAACGUACCUACACUUCAGCUACUGCACCAAGCUUCAUAAAUAACCUCGCAGAAACAUCAAUUAGAUUUGGAUCACCGUCAGAUCACACAGAACUCGAUCAGGCGACUGAAAGCUUGGAGUCAACACUCCGCUACACGCUAGAUAGAGUGGCUCCACUCAAAAGGAAAAUAAUUAGAGAAAAAAAAUUAGCACCCUGGUAUAACGAUCAAACGCGAAUCUUAAAACAGACAACUCGGCAAUUAGAACGUAAAUGGCGUCAAACCAAACUGGUGAUAUUUCAAAUAGCAUGGAAGGAGAGCCUACUGAAAUAUAGGAAAUCUCUUGGCGAUGCUAGAAAAAUCUAUUUCUCCACCUUAAUAGGAGACAACAAAAACAAUUCUAGAUUCCUUUUCAACACAGUAGCAAAAUUAACUAGGAAUAAAACCACUACAGAGAGAAACACUCAAUCAUUACAUAGCAGUGAAGAUUUCAUGAAAUUUUUCAAUGAUAAGGUUGAAAAUAUUAGACGUGAAAUACAGGCCAUUAAAUUAAAACUGGACAGUACUGUAACAAACCCAUUACAUGACAUUGUAGCAAUAUCAGAUCAAUGUUUAGAGUGUUUUGCUCCGCUUAGAGAGACCGAAUUAGCUACAUUAAUCUCUUCAGCAAAUUCAUCAACUUGCAUACUAGAUCCCGUACCUACAUGUUUGUUUAAACAGAUUGGUCCAGUAGUAAUUGAGCCACUUCUAAAUAUAAUCAAUUCUUCCCUAAGCAGUGGCUAUGUACCUAAAUCACUUAAAUUAGCAGUUAUUAAACCCUUGAUUAAAAAACCUGAUCUUGACCCGUCUCAA